AGCGCCCAGACCCGCUAUAGAGCGGAAGUGACGUGAUAGGAGGUGGCUGUCGCGGCGUGGUGACGUCUGCAGGCCGCUGCGAGCUCCGGUGUGAGAACGGCGGAAAGGAUGUCUAUGAACUGGAACAAAGGGGGGCCGAGCGGCAAGCGCGGCUUUGGAUUCGGAGGCUUCGCUAUCAAUACGGGGAAGAAGGAGGAGCCGAAACUGCCGCAGACGGCUCACAGCGCUUUCCACGGGCCACCUCCCGGCAACAGUUCCCAGCUGCCCUCCUUCUACAAGAUUGGAUCCAAGAGGGCCAACUUUGACGAGGAAAAUGCAUACUUUGAUGAUGAAGAGGAAGAUUCCUCCAAUAUGGACCUGCCAUACAUUCCAGCAGAGAACUCCCCAACCAGACAGCAGAUGCUGGCGAAGAAGGAAGAAUCUGACAGUGAGGAUGAUCCGCUUGAGGCCUUCAUGGCAGAAGUGGAGGAUCAGGCUGCCCGAGACUUGAGGAGGCUGGAGGAACGGGACAAGGAGAAGAAAAACGCCAGGGGUAUCAGGGAUGACAUUGAGGAAGAAGAUGACCAGGAAGCGUACUUCAGGUACAUGGCUGAGAACCCAACCGCCGGGCUUAUCCCUGAGGAAGAGGAGGACAACCUUGAGUACGAUAGUGAUGGAAACCCCAUGGCCGGCACCACCAAGCGUGUCAUUGAUCCUCUUCCCCCUAUGGAUCAUUCCGAGAUAGAGUAUUCACCGUUUGAGAAGAAUUUCUUUGAAGAACACGAGGAGAUCACGGCUCUGACCCCCCAGCAGGUUGUAGACCUGAGGAACAAGUUGAACUUGCGGGUCUCUGGAGCCGCUCCGCCACGUCCAGCCAGCAGCUUUGCUCACUUUGGAUUUGAUGAACAGCUCAUGCACCAGAUUAGGAAGUCUGAAUACACCCAACCCACACCCAUCCAGUGCCAGGGUAUUCCAGUGGCACUUAGCGGACGUGACCUGAUUGGCAUUGCCAAAACUGGGAGUGGUAAGACAGCUGCGUUCAUCUGGCCUGUGCUGGUACACAUUAUGGACCAGAAGGAGCUCCAGCCAGGGGAUGGCCCCAUUGCAGUCAUUGUGUGUCCCACACGCGAGUUGUGCCAGCAGAUUCACAAUGAAUGUAAACGAUUUGGAAAGGCCUAUAACCUGCGUUCUGUGGCUGUGUACGGAGGUGGCAGCAUGUGGGAACAGGCCAAGGCUCUGCAGGAAGGAGCAGAGAUUGUGGUCUGCACUCCGGGCCGUCUUAUUGACCACGUGAAGAAAAAAGCCACCAACCUGCAACGUGUCACUUACCUUGUGUUUGAUGAAGCGGAUCGAAUGUUUGACAUGGGUUUUGAAUACCAGGUCCGAUCCGUCGCCAACCAUGUGAGACCAGACAGACAAACUCUCCUGUUUAGUGCCACUUUCCGGAAAAAGAUUGAAAGAUUAGCCAGAGAUAUUCUGAUUGAUCCCAUCCGCAUUGUUCAGGGAGAUAUCGGAGAGGCCAAUGAAGACAUCACUCAGAUGGUUGAGAUUCUCCCAUCCGGCCCAGAGAAGUGGAGCUGGAUGAGCCGCAGACUGGUAGAGUUCACAUCUACAGGCAGCGUCCUUGUUUUCGUCACCAAGAAAGCCAACGCUGAAGAGCUGGCCAGCAACCUACGCUUGGAGGACCAUUCUUUGGGCCUUCUUCAUGGAGAUAUGGACCAGAGUGAGAGGAACAAAGUCAUCACAGACUUCAAAAAGAAGGCCAUCCCCGUUCUGGUAGCUACAGAUGUUGCUGCCCGAGGCUUGGACAUUCCAUCAAUCAAGACCGUGAUCAACUAUGACGUGGCGCGAGAUAUUGACACACACACUCACCGUAUUGGUCGUACGGGCAGAGCGGGAGAGAAGGGUGCCGCUUAUACUCUGUUGACGCCAAAAGACACCAAUUUUGCUGGGGACUUGGUGAGGAAUCUGGAAGGAGCAAACCAGUAUGUGUCUAAGGAGCUUCUGGACCUGGCUAUGCAGAAUGCUUGGUUUCGCAAGUCCCGCUUUAAGACUGGAAUAGGCAAGAAGCUAAACGUUGGUGGAGGAGGCCUGGGCUAUAGAGAGCGCCCAGGACUUGGAGCAGACACUUCGGAACGCAACGUGUCUGGGAAUGUGAUGAGCAACUACGAAGCCUUCAAACCCACAGGCGGGGCGAUGGGAGACAGAUUGUCGGCCAUGAAGUCUGCUUUUCAGUCUCAGUACAAAAAUCACUUUAUUGCUGCUAGUCUCAACACACAGAAAACGGGGACAUCUACAGUCAACUCUGGUGCAUGGACAAGUGCUGGUAGUUUAAGUUCCGUACCCAGCACCCCAUCACACAGUUUAGUACUCUCAGAGGAGUCGGCUCCACCCCCUCCCAGAUCCAUGCCUGGUUUUACCAGCAGUGGAACACUAAGCAGUAUUCCCAGUACUUAUGCUCCUGUGAUUGCUCCCAGUUAUCCUGCCCCCAGCCAAUACAGUGCCAAAGACAGCAGCAGUGGCGGCAGAGAGGGAAGCGGGAACCGAGGAGAGAGAGAUAGGUACAGCGAUGGAAAAGGGAGACACGGUCAAGGACAUCGCCAUAGCGACAGAGAGGGCCACCGCCAUGGCGAUGGACACCGGCAUUCCAGCGGCGGGAGACACGGGGAUGGUCGUAAUGGAGAUGGCAGAAGGGAAGGCUCACGAGAGGCCGAUGGACGGAGGGAAGGCUCACGAGAGGCCGAUGGACGGAGGGAAGGCUCACGAGAGGCCGAUGGACGGAGGGAAGGCUCACGAGAGGCCGAUGGACGGAGGGAAGGCUCACGAGAGGCCGAUGGACGGAGGGAAGGCUCCCGCGACAGGGACAGCAGCCGAAGAGACAGUCGUGGAGAAAGUCGAAAAGAAGGAAGCGCUCGUGACGGCAAGAGAGAGGGCUCCCAGGACAGCGACAGUCCCAGGGAAUCGAAGGAUGAGGGCGAAAGUCGAAAAGAAUCGAAAAGUGAAAGUUUUGCAGUUCCAGAUCUUCCAAAACGGAAAAAGAGCAGAUGGGACAGUUAACUUCCCAGAAAAUGUAGCGAAGGGGUACAGCAUUUGUCACAAACGUAGUUUGCUUCUGGGGAGGCUGGGUGGAAGGUUGGUGAGAUUUAUAUACUAUCCAGGAUUUGCAACACGUUGGGAAAAGGCUUUACCCUAACACAAUCUCCAGAGUAUUUUCGGUGUCCGUAUCCUACUGUGUAGAGCAGCUACUACCAUGUUGUACUCCUCACUUUGUGUGACAUGCGCAAGACAAAGAGCCCUUCCAUCCAGAAACCCAUCAUCUCUGACCUGUGUGUGUUUAGGAUAUGUCUCUGUACGGAGCACCGUUUUCUGAUUUUACUAUUCCGUAUGUUCGUUUUUUUUUUGUUUUCUUUUGUGUAUCAAGUUGUUCUCAUUUCACAAACCGUGAAUAAAAGAACAUGAGUUUUGUUUUCAAUGGUA